AUGAUCAUGAUUAAUUUUUGAUUAAAAAAAUUAAUACCCAACCAUCAGAUGAAUGCGAUAUCUAUUUCUCCAAAGCUCAGCGUAAUAUCAGAAGUAUCCGAAAGCUGGGAAGCAAGCGAGCAUGCUUCUCCUGCACACAAUAAAUACUUUGGGAAGCGAAAAUCCCAAAAAUCAGAGUUUCUUGAACUGAUUAGAGAAGAGUCAGAAAUUGACAUGCCACACUCGCCUUCACAAAAGACGACAAUUCACUCCGGACGAGUGUCUAUGGAUGAAAAUAUGGAAAACAAAGAACUAGAUAGGCUGUUAAAGUCAAGAAUUAUUCAAGGAAACAAUUGCUCAUGCACUUGCUCAAUAUUUUAG